AGGCUGCGGCUGCAGAGAGGCCAGGCUCAAAGGGCAGGAGGGCCGUCUGCAGGCAGCGCCGCCGCGGCUACCUGGAAGCCCAGCAAGUCCCCUGAGUCCUGCGGGUGCCUGGGCUAACAAUCUGCAGCGACCUGUCUGCAGCCCGCGGGGGCACGAACACCAGCCCCGGGACAGGAGGACGUCCUCGGCCCACUGACCAGGGAUACGCCCGCGGGUGCCACUGAGCCACAGCCCCGCAGCGGGCGCCCGCGCCCAGGUACCGCGCGCCACGGCACCUGCCCGGGCGUCCCUGCGCUUGGGGCGGGGCUUCCCGCGUCCCCUUUAAGAGGCCGCAUCACCCGCCCUUGACGUCAGAGUGUCUCUCCGCAUGAGCCCGUGCCCCGCUCGGCUCCGCGCCCUCGCGCCCACAGCCCCGGCGGCGGCACGACCAGCGGCGGCCAGGAGAGCGCGCCGCCCCGCUCGGCCCUCCGGUCCCACUCCGCCGCCGCUUCCCGCCAGCACCGCAGCCGCUCGCGCGGCCUCCCGCACCAUGUCGGUGGCCGGGCUCAAGAAGCAGUUCCACAAAGCCACUCAGAAAGUGAGUGAGAAGGUUGGAGGAGCUGAAGGAACAAAGCUAGAUGACGACUUCAAAGAGAUGGAAAGGAAAGUGGAUGUCACCAGCAGGGCUGUGAUGGAAAUAAUGACUAAAACAAUUGAAUACCUUCAACCCAAUCCAGCUUCCAGAGCUAAGCUCAGCAUGAUCAACACCAUGUCAAAAAUUCGUGGCCAGGAGAAGGGGCCUGGCUAUCCUCAGGCGGAGGCACUGCUGGCAGAGGCCAUGCUCAAAUUUGGAAGAGAGCUUGGAGAUGAUUGCAACUUUGGCCCAGCGCUUGGUGAGGUGGGGGAGGCCAUGCGGGAACUCUCGGAGGUCAAAGACUCUUUGGACAUAGAAGUGAAGCAGAACUUCAUUGACCCUCUUCAGAAUCUUCAUGACAAAGAUCUUAGGGAAAUUCAACAUCAUCUAAAGAAGUUGGAGGGUCGACGCCUGGAUUUUGAUUAUAAGAAGAAACGACAAGGCAAGAUUCCGGAUGAAGAGCUUCGUCAAGCUCUAGAGAAGUUUGAUGAGUCUAAGGAAAUUGCUGAGUCAAGCAUGUUCAAUCUCUUGGAGAUGGAUAUUGAACAAGUGAGCCAGCUCUCUGCACUUGUGCAAGCUCAGCUGGAAUACCACAAGCAGGCAGUCCAGAUCCUGCAGCAAGUCACGGUCAGACUGGAAGAAAGAAUAAGACAGGCUUCAUCUCAGCCUAGAAGGGAAUAUCAACCUAAACCACGAAUGAGCCUGGAGUUUCCAACUGGAGACAGUACUCAGCCCAACGGGGGUCUCUCCCACACAGGCACGCCCAAACCUUCAGGUGUCCAAAUGGAUCAGCCCUGCUGCCGAGCUCUGUACGACUUUGAACCUGAAAAUGAAGGGGAGUUGGGAUUUAAAGAGGGCGAUAUCAUCACACUCACUAACCAAAUUGAUGAGAACUGGUAUGAGGGGAUGCUGCAUGGCCAUUCAGGCUUCUUCCCCAUCAAUUAUGUGGAAAUUCUGGUUGCCCUGCCCCAUUAGGAUGUUAUGCUGGCUGGCUCACCUCCUCUUGACCCAGAUAGUUACGGUUAACCACUGCUUUGGUAAUGCUGCUUAUAACACAUCCCAAGUGCAGGCCGCAGUGGUCCACGUCAUCCAGCCCCACCAAGUGUCUUUGGUUGACUUGUGGGCUCCCACAGGAGUCAUGGUGAUGGAUGAUAUCCUCUUAGCCUGUGGGCAUGGCAUGUGCUUUUUAAACAACAUCUGAGACCAGCCAGUAGUCACAGAACUGCUGUUUACACAGUUCUCAGGAGGCUGUGGUUUCUUAGAAUAUGACUGUGAGCCACAUCACAGAAAAACCAUCCCACUGAAGAUAUUGUCUAUCACCCAGGGGCCAUCUGAAGGUCUCUUUGCAUUUCUCCAUGCAAAGAGGAGAAAGCGUUUGCUUUCACAGUGUCCCUUCCCAAAUACGUGAGUCAUGGAAUUGUCAAAGAAAGCCAUCCCUCACCAGCAAAUUGUUUCCUGAUCUGAAUGAAUUUGUCUCUUAAUGCAUCCAUAGAAAAGUGUUUCAAAGCAUUCUGUGCAAACAGGCAUCUCAGUUCUUAUUCACACUUAUGGCUAUUUCUGAGGUAUAGCCAGUUUUCUUCCCUCCUUGCUAUUAAAGCCAGAGAGGUAAUUCUAAAUUAUUUUUCAGUAAGAUAGUUAACAAUCAACAUUAUUAUGAGAGGGGCUAAAAAGAGGAAAUUCUCCUUUGUGAGAAGUUGGGAAGAAAUCUGGUAUCUGAGCUUAAAUUUCUUGCUGUACAGAAACUAUGUAUGCAUUUAGACUAUUUAUGAAGGACACAGGGAAGGGGUAAGAAAUAUUUUCACUUCUGUUUUAUUUAUGAAUUACAUGUUUCAUGAAUCCAUUUGACACAGAGACACAAGGAGAAAAACACUAGUAACCAUUUUUCCACUAGUCCAUAGACUGAGAAACAGUAAAUUCCUUUUCUUUCCACUGUUACCUUGUGUUCUUUGAACAUCAUUUGUGCAUAUUCUGCCCUCAAUGAGGACCAAAUAAAGAUGAUUUUUGUGCUUAGCAGUUUAAGAUAUGUGACUGCAUAUGCAAAACUCUUUCCCAAUUCAGUUGCUACUUUUACUUCUGCCCCUUCUAUCCAUCUUCUUCAUUUUGUGUGUACAGUGCUGUGUGUAUGCUUCUCAGUGUUUUUGUUUUUUUAUCUGUAUCAGUCAUGAAAGUCCUGUUAUGUUUCCAGAGUUCUAUUUAUCUAGCUGUACAGACUCUUUCAGAGGUUUAAUGUGCUGCUUCCGAUGUGCCACCUGCAGUAGUGGAUCAUGUGGAGUGAAAGGCAAAUCUUACUGCUUACUGUAUAAACUCUCGCCAUGGGAAGCGUCGCUGUUUCCAAUAAAUAUUGCUGAAGACAGAACCAAA